ACCAAUAACCAUUCAUCUGUGGCUCUGUGAUUCGUUGGCAGUUGAAAUUUAAAAUUUUAAACUAGUGCAUGAUCUCCUUUAUCUUUCUCUUUUAUUUCACACGUUCUUUCGAAAAAUCUAUUUUGUAAUCAAGAUUUAUUAUAAUUCGCGACAAUAAUGGCAGAAAGAACGCACACGUCGAGAUUGGCUUCGUACAAACAUGCCGGACAAGGAACUACAGAACUCCGUCGUAAGCGUGCAGAACUCAGUGUCACUCUCCGAAAGCAGGCCCGCGAUGAACAACUACUUAAGCGCAGAGCCAUGUCUCCUGAGGCAGGGGAAGAGGUCCAGGCAUCUGAAAAGACCAUGACACCAACAGAGAUAAUGCAAGGUCUGAAAUCAAGCGACCUUGUCACUAAAAUCACUGCAGCACGAGCGGCUAGGCGAAUGCUUUCACGAGAACAAAAUCCUCCCAUCAGCACCAUGGUAGAUGCUGGGGUACUGAAGCCACUAGUUACUGCUCUGGAUAGAGAUGAUUGUCCAGACCUACAGUUUGAGGCUGCUUGGGCAAUCACUAACAUCGCUUCAGGCACACAUGAACAUACUAUGGCAGUAAUUGAUAGUGGCUCAGUCCCAAAACUGGUUACUCUGCUCGGGCGCGGCGGCGUGGUGGGCGAGCAGAGCGCGUGGGCGCUGGGCAACAUCGCGGGCGACGGCGCCAUGCAGCGGGACAUCGUGCUGACUCACGGAGCCCUACCAGCCCUUCUGCCAAUGCUGACCCCUGACACUGCACCCAGUCAGUUGCGGACUGCCGCGUGGACUUAUAGCAAUCUCUGCAGAAACAAAAAUCCCCUUGUGAAAUUUGAAUUAGUUGCACCUGCAUUGUCCUACAUCGCGGAACUACUGACUGUUGCAGAUCCGGAUGUACUAGCGGACAUAUGCUGGGCCCUCUCCUACCUGACCGACGGCCCCAACGAGCGUAUCGAAGAGGUGCAAACAACAAAACACCUUCUGCCGCGGCUGGUUAACUUGCUGCAACACAAGUCCCCAGCAGUGCGCACUCCCGCGCUGAGGGCUACUGGGAACAUGCUUACUGGAUCUGAUGUACAGACGGACCGCUGCCUCGAGGCUGGUUGCCUGGAACACCUGGCCGUGUUGCUGCGCUGCAACAAGCCCGCGCUAGUGAAGGAGGCGGCGUGGGCGGUCAGCAACGUGCUGGCCGGCACGCAGGCGCAGAUCCAGGUGGCCGUCGACCGUGGCCUACUGCAGCAUCUAGUGCACGUGCUCACCACCGACGACGUCAGGAGUCAAAGGGAAGCCGCGUGGGGAAUCACAAACCUGACGAUGGGCGGCACUCCGGCACAGCUAGACGCUUUAGUGGCAUCCGGUUUCCUGGAGCCCUACUGCAGUUUGCUCGAUUCCAGUGACCUAAGAGCCAUUGUAGUUGUUCUGGAUGGACUCAACAACUUGCUGCAGACCGCUGCUAAGUUCGGUCAAGUAGAGCCACUAUGUGUCACAUUGGAAGAAAUUGGUGCGCUAGACCUGAUAGAAAAUCUACAGAACCACGAAAAUGAAGAGAUCUACCAGAAAUCUCACACAAUUAUAGACACGUACUUCGGUGAACAGGAUGUGGGCGCCAUACCGGAUGAAACCAACGAAGAGUUUCGUUUCGGCUCCGACCAACCCAACGAAAAUAUUCAUUUCUAAUGUAAAUAAUAUCAAAAUGUACAGAUCGCGCCAUGGCUGUUGAAACUCGCUAUUGGUAUUUACAGUCUUGACAGACCUUUUAAACUCGGUACAUCGUGCAAAUAUAACAAAUUCAUUUGCUACAAUGAUACAACUUUUACUAGUAAGGGUGGUAGUGUUUGUAUCCUCAUUGUAUAUUGCAACGUAAUUCUCUGGCCCAGUCUAAGAACAAUUUAUUAAUUGUACCUAGGGCUGGGUAGCCAAUAUUUGUGCUGUUUUAAAUUGAAGUUUGUUUCACAACUUUGCUGACAGGACUAAUACUCCUCCUUUAAAAUGCUCUGAAAAAGAUAUUACUCUUAAACUGUCCAGGGAUGGAAUAUAAAUUUGAAAUAUAUAGAAAUCGGGGGAUAUGGCUGCUUUUAACUUAAAUAUUUUGGUGGAAGAAAGAAAAAAAAAUGAUAUACUAUUGGGUCUUUCGACUGUGCUGUAAAUUUGUUCUUUAAACUGAAUUGACAGGAUAAAAAUGUGAAGUGAAAACUAAGAACAAAGAAUAAUUCACAUUGUUCUUAACGCGUUCUUGCCACAUACUUUCAAUAGCAGUGUUAAAAUAAAUAAAGAAAGAACUAAGUAUAUGGUAUGUCAUGGCGUGAAAAGUUUUUAUGUAAACUAGUUAUAGAUAAAUAAUUAAUUAAGAUGAAACUAAAAUAAGACUGAAUUGUUACAUAACUAAAAAUAAUGUAAUUAAAUCGAAUAUACACAGCAGUAGUAGGGAUAUCCAGACAACUUUAGCAAAAUCUAAUAAUUUACAUUUCCUAUACUAAAUUUGUGGGCCUAUUGUAUAUUGAUUCCAAAUCGUAACUCUUAAUUUUAAAAUUUAAUGAAAUAUACAUUCAGGUUAACACUAACCUGUAUGUAUAUUUCUUACAAAUGUAUACAAAGUUUCAUGCAGUUUAGAUUUCAAUAUUACCAAAUACCAUUACCAACUGGGGACCUGAUUUCAAUUUUUAAAAUAUGUGAAGUGACAAACUUUUUAUUACUUAUUACUAUUUGUGGUAUUUUGGUUAUGCACAAAUCUCAAAUUAGAUAGACAGCUUUGUUGGGAACACUGUACAAGAAAAGAACUAUUUUUGGAGCUGCUUAAUUGACCUGCCUGACCUAACUGCUUUAACCUUGCUUAAUUAUGUGAUUAGUGUAAAAUUGGCACCUAACUUGAUUAAAAAAGUACCUACAUUAAAUUAAUCAAUUAAAGGAUCAAAUUCAGGUAUUUGGAAUAAUCUUCCGGCCUCUUGUAAAAUGUGAUACAUAUAAGUCAGUCAAUGAAAAUGUGCAAAAGUUGUUUUAAUCAGUUUAAUCAAGAGCUGGUCUCUAAACAGGUUAAAAAAAUGUUCGGUAAUCACUUAAACUGGAGAUAUAUUGUGAUAUUUUGUGAAUAAUAAAGUCUUCUUAUAAAACCCAA